GAUAGAUACAUUAACCACUUUUUUUAUUUUGUGCAUUUAUAAUUUUCUAUGUCUUUCUACUACGCGAAUUUUAAGCAAUUUGCUAUGAAAUGAAAGACCCACGGCUGAUUGCUCUAGGCAGGGCACCAAAUAUCGCUCAAAUGAAACAUCUUGAAAAAUAAAUGCCCGGAGUGUGUUCGCGUUGCCUUCGCGAGGUUUACUUCGCUGAACAAAAAUUAGCCCUAGGAAAAGUUUGGCACACCUUUUGUUUUACCUGUCGAAAUUGCCGAAAAUUGCUGGACAGCUGCACAAUAGCUACUCACUCUAGAGAAGUUUAUUGCCGAAAUUGUUACUCGCAACUUUUUUCUGAAAGUUCCUGUUCCGUAUUAUCGGUUUCAACACAUGGAAAUCAAGAAAUCAUUACAAAAAGAAAAAAUAGAGAAACUCUACCUUUAAAAGAUUCGAGUUCAGAUUAUUCUUCGGAUUUUGGCAGCUGCUAUUGCUGCGAAAAUUCACUUUCAAGUAACAAAGAAGAUAUUCCAAAUUUGAGAGCUUGUCCAUUGGAAAAGCCUAGAUUUAGGGGAGGUGGAGAACACGAAGAAAAAUUUCAUUUAGAAGGGAUAAGUAAAUGCUGCGAAAGAGAAAAUGCGAAUCUUGGUGUUCUCGGUUCCCUAAUAACUUACGGCAUUUCGCAGAAAAAAUCGUCAAAUGUUGGUCAUUGGAUCAAUCGUAACCAAUCUGCGUCAGAAAGAUUUUCAUUUAUAUUUAAAUAUCCAAAAAUUAGAUAACUCGGAAAUUUUUAAUAGUUUCUUUGUAAAUAAUUAAAUAGAUACUAACAUUCUGAAGGUAUGGUAGUUAUGUUAAGGAGUAAGUAAGAAUGUUUUGUUAUAAACUGUUGCUACUUGAGACGAUUAAUUACUUAAGCAUUAUCAAAUGAAAUUUAUAAUUUUAUAUAAUAUUAUUUAGUUUGUUGCAGAUUUAACAGCAUAAAUAUUAAUAAUUACAAGUCAGGAUUAAGAAAAGUAGCGAGUCCUCGACGUUUUUCAAAACAAGAACCAAAUAAACAGAUAUUUUUUCAGCCACAGAAUCAAUUUUCUACCAAAAAAAUAAGUCAAACUGAUAAAUUAGGAUUCAAUACGAACCUUC